GAAAAAGCACACAGAUGGUACAGGGCGAUGGUAACUGUCCUGAAAUGAGCAACGAACAAUGAGUAUCUCCAUCAGUCUUUAUUUUUCUCAAACUUCUAACUUAUUUGAAUUGCCAAUUCCACUUUCCAAUCUUAAAAGUAAGAGUAGAACCUCAACAACUGUAACUCUACCUUCUCAAACCACCCAGAAAUCAAAUGCAGCCUCGAGAACCAGAAUUCCCUUUUCGACAGAAGCUAAAGAACCUGACAAAAAGUCUCAAAUCCAACCCUUAAUUGACCUCCUACGUGACUCUGUAAAUGAAGGGUCUUUGAACCAAGCUAAAACUGUUCAUGGGUUUGUGUUAAAAUCCAGUUUUUCUGACAAAGAACUGUUAAUUUUGUUGAAUCACGUAGCUUAUGCCUAUUCAAAAUGCUCGGAUUUUAGUUCCGCAUUUCGGGUAUUUGAUAAAAUGUCUCAAAGAAACAUAUUCUCUUGGACUGUCAUGAUUGUUGGCUCAACAGAGAAUGGCUUUUUCUUGGACGGGUUUCAGUAUUUUUAUCAAAUGCUUAAUUUUGGAGUCUUUCCUGAUACUUUUGCGUAUUCUGCAAUUCUGCAGACAUCUAUUGCUUUAAAAUGUAUUGAAUUGGGUAGAAUGGUGCAUGCCCAGAUUGUUAUAAGAGGCUUCCAUUCUCAUACUUUUGUUGCUACAUCUCUUCUUAACAUGUAUGCAAAGUUGGGGAGUAUUGAGGACUCGUAUAAGGUUUUCGAUAUCAUGACAGAACAUAAUGAAGUUUCUUGGAAUGCAAUUAUUUCGGGUUUUACAUUAAAUGGACUGCAUUUGGAAUCAUUUGAUCAUUUCCUUCAAAUGAAGAAUGAAGGAAUCCGGCCGAAUAUAUAUACAAUAAUUAGUGUUUCAAAAGCCGUAGGGCAGUUAGGUGAUACUGACAAAGGGAAAGAAGUUCAGUCUGUUUCCUUCGAGUUGGGUAUGGAGUCUGAUGUGCAGGUGGGGACAGCUCUCAUUGAUAUGUACUCGAAAUGUGGAUCUCCACAUGAAGCAAGAGCUGUUUUUGACUCGAAUUUUAUUAAUUUUGGGGUGAACUUGCCAUGGAAUGCCAUGAUUUCCGGUUAUUCACAAAAUGGUUGUAGCCAAGAAGCUUUGGAACUCUAUGUAAGAAUGCGUCAUAAUGAUAUAAAAUCGGAUGUCUAUACAUAUUGUAGUAUAUUCAAUGCCAUUGCUGAUUUUAAGUAUUUACAGUUUGGGAAGGAAGUUCAUGGGGUGGUUUUGAAGUCUGGCCGUGAUAUGAUGGUUGUUAGUGUUUGUAAUGCAAUUGCUGAUGCAUAUGCCAAAUGUGGAGCUCUUGAAUACGUGAAAAAGAUUUUUUACAGGAUGGAAGAGAGAGAUAUGGUGUCAUGGACAACUCUGGUGACUGCUCACUCUCAAUGCUCGGAGUGGGAGGAAGCACUGGCUAUUUUUUCACAGAUGAGGGAAGAAGGUUUUAGACCAAACCAGUUUACCUUUUCCAGUGUCCUGGUUUCUUGUUCAGGCCUUUGUUUUCUGGAGUGUGGACGGCAAAUUCAUGGUCUUUUGUGCAAGGCUGGGUUGAACACGGACAAGUGCAUAGAGAGUGCUCUGGUGGACAUGUAUGCAAAAUGUGGCAGUGUAAGUGAGGCAGAGAAGGUCUUUGAAGGGAUUUCUAACCCUGAUACUGUCUCAUGGACAGCUAUGAUAUCAAGUUAUGCCCAACAUGGUCUCUCAGAGGAUGCCCUUAGACUCUUUAGAAAGAUGGAGCAACUGGGUAUGAAGCCUAAUUCUGUUACUUUACUUUGUGUUCUGUUUGCUUGCAGCCACGGAGGACUGGUAGAGCAAGGAUUAAAUUUUUUUCAACAAAUGGAACAAAAUUAUGGUCUGGUGCCAGAGAUGGAACAUUAUGCUUGUAUUGUUGAUCUAUUUGGUCGUGUGGGUCGUUUGGAUGAUGCAAUAGAGUUUAUAAGAAAGAUGCCAAUCGAGCCCAAUGAAAUGGUCUGGCAAACCUUGCUGGGAGCAUGCAGAGUUCACGGCAAUGUUGAGUUGGGUGAAAUUGCUGCAGAGAAGGUCCUUUCAGUUAGACCAGACUCAGCUACCUAUGUUCUAUUAUCCAAUACGUAUAUUGAGAGUGGGAGUUUUGAAGAUGGCCUUACUCUGAGAGAAGUAAUGAAAGAGAAAGGUGUGAAAAAGGAACCAGGAUAUAGUUGGGUUUCUGUACAAGGUAAAGUCCACAAAUUUUAUGCAGGCGAUCAACAACAUCCUCAAAAAGAUGACAUCUAUGCCAAGUUAGAAGAUUUAAGGGAGAAGGUUAAGUCCAUGGGUUAUAUCCCAGACUUGAAUGUUGCUUUGUGACUAUAUUUAAGACAAAUUUUAGAAAUAUAAACUUUCAAGUAGGCUCUAAUUAUCAUUUGAUCAAAGAUUAUCUAAAAGAAGAUGUAUAAUAGAACAUCUUGGCAUUGGUUCCACCGGAAACAACAUGCAUAUGGGUGUGUAAGUGUAACCAUCUAUUUAUGAUGGCAAG